UUUUUUUGCAUCCAGUUGCCUUCUUUUGUUCUUUGUUUCGCACACUUCUUUUUUCUCCACAGCACACUGUACAAAUAUCACCAUACCCCUCGCACUUCUACUGUUGUUGUUACUAUCAUCUUAUUCAUACCAUCCAACCUAUCCUUAUACACAAUUCUCGCACCCCUGUCUAUCCGUCCAUUUCCCCUCAUUCUCACGCCACGUUGUCAACAAUUCCUUCCUCAAGCUAUCCUCCUCAAUGACUUCUGCAUCCACUCGGGUGGGCAACAUCUUGCUCGGCAAUUGUAUCGGGAAGGGCGCGUUUGGUUCAGUAUGGCGUGGAUUGAAUCUCGACACUGCAACGACAGUCGCCGUCAAACAGAUCAAUCUCUCAGACAUUCCUCAAGCAGAACUCGCCAAUAUCAUGAUGGAAAUCGACCUACUAAAAAAAUUGAAUCAUGCAAAUAUUGUCAAGUACCUUGGAUUUGAAAAGACAAGCGACUAUCUCAACAUCAUUCUAGAGUUGUGCGAAAACGGCUCGUUACGCAGUCUAUGCAAGAACUUUGGAAAGCUGCCCGAACAUCUUGGAGCCAUGUACAUUACACAAGUCCUGGAUGGCCUGGUAUACCUGCACGACCAGGGUGUCAUCCACCGAGACAUCAAAGGAGCCAACAUCCUGGCAACAAAGGAUGGACUCGUCAAAUUGGCAGAUUUUGGGGUUGCGACACUCUCAAAUGAUGUCGGAGAUAUGUCUGUGGCGGGAACACCUUACUGGAUGGCUCCUGAGAUUAUCGAGCUUUCAGGGGCGACCACCGCCUCAGACAUUUGGAGUGUGGGCUGCACAGUCAUAGAACUUCUUGAUGGCGAACCGCCCUACCAUGACCUACCACCAAUGGGAGCAUUAUACCGUAUCGUGCAGGAUGACCACCCACCCAUUCCAGAAAGCGUAUCAGCUAUCGUGCGGGACUUUUUGAUGCAGUGCUUUCAAAAGGACUGUAACCUGCGAGUGUCUGCAAAAAAACUAUCAAAGCACCCCUGGAUUCAAAUGUCAAAAAGGAAGGCGUCAGGGAGCCAGAGGAGCCGUGAAAAAGCCAUACCGGCAUAUGAUGAGGCUGUCAAGAGCGUGAAGCAGUGGAACGAAGCCCUCAAGGGCUCAUCAAUAUCACUCAACAGAAAUUCGGGCAACUCUCGCAGGAAUUUUGGUGACAAGGGUGGACGGCAUGGGGUGCCGGCAAUAUCAGACAUUUUUCAUGCCCCAAAACCGCAAGGAAAAGAGGCACCGGGACUUCAGCUACAGCUGGAACGGGCGCAAGCAAUUGCCCCACCUCCACCCAAUUUCCAUAUACCACUUAACAACGCAAGCAAUAUUGCCGCCACCAAUGCCAACAACUAUGAACCUGAAGUCUGCACCGAUAACUGGGAUGACGAUUUUGCGGACGGAAUUACAUCCAUUCAGCUGGCUGCGCGGGAAUUUCUUGAUCAGGAGGAUGAAAUAUCAAAAACGAUCCGGCCAUCACCACGACCGCUGCAACUUCAGGUUGUUGCCCCUGAGAACGAUAUUGAUGAGGACGACUUUGAAGAUGAUGGCGAGGAGUUGCGUUUGAAGGUCAGGGUCAAGGCACUCGAGGGUAAAACGAAGCUGCCUGUAAAGAGUCAAGAAACCUCUUCUAAGCCUAGUGGCUCACUUGCGGAAAGGGCCAAGGCCCAAGGACCGCAUGUUCCAAUUGAUUUGGUCCGAUCACGGUCAGCACCUGGCCAGCUCGCACUUUCUCCUCCGCUAGUGACAGAUGAGUUUAAGCACUACCGUGAGGAAGAAGAGGAUGACUUUUCUGAUCUCUUUGAAGAUGAAGAGAGUCAACGCGCAAUCUACCAAGAUGAAGGACUUACCCUGCAGACAAGACUUUCAAACCAUAGCUGGUUUGGAAAUGAUGCAGAUUCUGACGAGGAAGAUCCAUUUGCGGAGGUUGACGAGGGCUUCGAUGAAAUCGAUCUUGAGGCCAACAUUGCAAGAGAAAAAUAUGCCCGGAUAUGUAACACUAUUGCGGAGCAGUUUCGGUUGCUGGAACAUCAGCGGACAGAGAAACAACUAGAGGUUGUAUGCGAUCGUCUUAUGACCUUGCUGUCAGAGCAUCCAGAUAUGCGCGGGCCUAUGAUCGCUAACCAUGGCGCCAUUCCGCUCCUGGACUUGAUCGAAAACUGCAAUCAGCAAAGCUUGAUUCUGAAGCUGCUAAAUAUUUUGAACUUGGUGAUUCGAAACGACUUUGCCCUCCAGGAAAGUCUUUGUCUGGUUGGCGCCAUUCCGGUAUUGAUCAGAUACACCUCCAAGCGAUAUGGCAAGGACAUUCAGCUCGCGGCAGCUAUCUUUAUCCAGCAAAUCUGCCAUACCAACUCGUUGACACUACAGAUGUUUAUCUCGUGUCGUGGCUUGAGAGUUCUUAUCGACUUUUUGCAAGGCAAUUACGCAACGCAGAAGGAAUUGGUUUGGAUUGCAGUCAAUGGUAUCCACAGCGUCUUUAAUCUUCAGAGUUUGACGCCAAGGAACGAUUUCUGCCGUCUGCUGGCAAAGCAAGGUCUUCUAGAUCCUCUCUCGGCAACGCUUUACAACACCAUCCGAGAUCCACAAGGAAGCGAUUAUACAGAGAAAAUUGUGCAGGUCCUGCUGAUCUUUUCACAAGGAGAUUCGCCUGUAAAAGAGCUCUUGGCAACCAGGCAAAUUGUGCAUCGCAUGCUGACCUCACUACAGAGUUUACCAGCCAACCUGUGCGUGAUGAUGCUCAAGUGUAUCAAGAAUAUCUCCAUGAACUCUAAUACGCUGGAUAUCUUGCAAAAUGCCAGUGCGAUUCACACGCUUGUUCAAGUUCUCGGAGAGCGUACUGGACCCUUCGCUACGGAUGUUUGUAACCAUGUCUUGACGACACUGUUUAACCUGUGCCGUAUCAACAAGUCUCGUCAGGAAGAGGCAGCGCAGGCGGGCAUCAUCCCUCACUUGCAGCAGAUUGCAGAGUCUUCUUCGCCACUCAAGCAGUUCGCGCUGCCUAUCCUGUGCGACAUGGCACAUGCAGGUCGUGCAUGCAGGAAUAUUCUAUGGAACAAUGAUUGUCUGCCUGUGUAUCUUCGGCUUUUCAAGGAUCCUUACUGGCAGAUGAAUGCCAUGGACGCUGUUCUCGUCUGGCUGCAAGAUGAGACUGCGGAUGUCGAGCAGGUGCUUCUCCAGCCUUCGUCUUUGAAUCUGUUUGUACAGGCCUUCCUGACGGCCAAGGCCAACUCGUUCGAAAAUAUCCUCGAGCCGUUCUAUAAGAUCAUCCGAAUUUCUCCCGCGAUCGCCUGCGGCAUUGCAGUUCCUGGACUCUUCCAGCGACUUUUGGAUCGCCUGGCACACCCCAAGGCUGUGGUCCGGUUAAAUUUGCUCCGCAUCCUACGCGCCAUCUUUGACGUCCACCCAGAGAGGCUGCAGCUCGUGGUUCGCUACGGCAUUUCAGAUGUGGUUAUGAAGAUUGCAGAGGGCGAUUCUGCGGUGCUGGUCAAGGAGCUGGCCAAGGAAAUUUUGGAUGCAUUCGAGGAGAGCGAUUCGGAAGCAGCACAGAGCCGCAAGGAAAACAGCGAAUUAAGAGAUGGCUUCAUGAACGGAUACGAAGACAGCGUCUCAUCGAUGGACAAUUUCUUUGGAUUGCGGCAUUUCAAGUUUCCAUCAUCCAUCAUCGAAAGGGACCUGGAUGAACAGGAAACAACAUCUUCGCAGCCAUAUGCAGUCGUUGGGAAGUUCAAGGAUAGAGAUUCGGAUAUCCAGCAUGAGGUUGAAGACUUGCUCCAGAAGGAGGUGGACGAUCUGGAUGUCAAAACAACGGGGAUGGAUCCAAGGCGGUCGUCGCACCAGCGCGAAUUCGGACUAGAAGGUGAUGGUGUGAGUUCUUCUGCAGAGCAUCAGAUUACUCAUGUCCGGCACCGCUUGACAGCAACACAUAUCAGCAACAAUGAAGAGAGCAGCGGUGGUGGCUCGUCAGAAUCAGACGAGGAUCAGUUUGUGACAAGUCGAGGAUGGAUUGGCGACGAACAGGAAAUAUCUACCGUAAAACAGAGCCAGGUUGGCUCGAGGACAAGGCAGGAGGAAGGAGAAGAAGUAGACGAGAAGGAUGACGAUGAUGAGGACGAUAAUGAGCCCAAGACAAUCAAGUUCUCGCGGCCAUCAGGUCAUCAAAAGAGCAGGAGCCUCGGGGAGAUUCUGGAAGAAGAUAUUGCAAAGAGUAAUCGUCUACUCCAAGCAGUGCGAUCGGAGGAUAUGUCUGAGAGUAUGAUCCUCAGGAGCGGACUCCCCAAGAUCCGAUUGGAGUUAUUGGAUAUUGAACGCUUCCCGGCUUGGAAUCGACGGGAUUUGGAGGCGGGGUACGGGAGCGAUGAGGAUGAGGAUGACAACAACAGCCAAGGCAACGGCGUGGUCAGCUCAGCCGUCUGGCUGGAGGAGCGUGGAAGGAAGAUUAGUUCUCGUGCAGUGAACUUUGGAGCGGCAGGCCCUACAUCGACUGAGGAACUGGCCAAGAUUUUGGAAGAGUUCCAUGGCACUCGAAGGGAACCGUCGAGGAGCAGUACUAGCAGUAAUGGAACGAGCGGGAGCAGCAGGCGAAGUGCGAAUAGCUCGCAGGAUAUGACCGUUCGGCUCAAGGACACCCCUUUCUCCUCGGUGUCGAUUUCAUCGGCAGUGCUUAUGGAUCACGCAAGGCAGCAGCAGCGGCAGCAGCAAUCGCCGCUGACCUCCAUUCCUGCAUGGAGUGCACUGGAGUUAGCCAAGGAGCUGGAUCCUUCUACAGGAUUGGUGCUCGCAGAGCGACAAGAGUAUGAUUCGAUGCUCAACCUCAGUGACGACGACGAUGACUAUGAUGGUGACAGCGGAGAUGCGAAUUCUACCCGCAACAUCAACAACAGCACAAACAACGCGAGCAACCUUCGCCACAAUCUCGAUAAAAACAACGCCAAUAAGCCCAGUAACGACAACCGCGACACUUACAACUAUGCCCAAGACAAUAACGCUGAUGAUGAUGGUGAUGAUGAUGAUGAUGAUGAUGGUGAUGAAGAAGAAGAUAACAACGAUACGAUGCGCUGGAACUGGAGAGCUUUACAAGGAGAAGGAAGCACUAGCAGCUACUUGACGGAGGCGGACGAGAUCGAUUGGGAUCGCGAGGAGGUUCGGAGCGGCUACGGUACCCCUGUAGCGACUAUAACCGCGACGCCGACGGCAGCCUCGUCUUCGACUUUGCGUCGGCGUUCUUCGCACCGUAGAAACGAAUGACAAUCAGGGCGGAUGCGUGAAGGACGUUUGGAUCUCUCGGAGGAUGAUGAAGGCGACGAAGACGAGGACAGAAAGGAGGCAGCUGCCAUGAUGGAUGAGGAUACUGUCAAUCAGGGUGGCGAGGAGGAGGUUGCGGCGGCGAAAAAAGAACAGAAGAGCGUUCCGUCUGACGAGAAGAAGUGUGACCGAUGCAUUAUUUCGUGAAGAGAGGGAAAGAUGCAGAGGAACCGCCAGUUUAAGAGAUCCAAUACGUAAAAUUUACAUCCGCAUAUUCUUGCUUAACAUGAAGCAACAUCCCACAGCUAUUGCCAACAAAAACUAUCGGCUACAAUAAACGCGGC